AUGACAGAAGUGAACAAGGAUUUGCAACGCGAGAGAAAUAAUUGUACUUUUAAGCCAAUUGAACUUACGCAUCUGCUGGAUGGCAAUGCGGAGAAAACUGCGAUCCGUCAUGAGAGAGAGGAAUAUUUUCUCAGCGAUCCAGAAUUGAAAGAUAAAAUUCCAAAUAGUUAUAAAAGUCACAAAGAACUUUACGAAGAUGCCAUCAGGAAAGGUUGCGUUGUAUUACGCAAAGUUAAACAAUUACAAGAUCAGGGUAAAGGAGAAAUUGAUUUGUAUACACAUGUAUUAGGAGGUAUGCUGGGAGCAGCGCUUUUUAAAGAUGGAAAUCCAUUAACUCUUCACUAUGUGAUGUUCAUACCGACAAUCAUGGGACAAGGAACGAUUGAACAGCAGGGUUAUUGGAUUAGUCGUGCAUGGACGUGUAGUAUAAUCGGCACGUAUGCACAGACUGAAUUGGGCCAUGGAACAUUUAUUAGAGGACUAGAAACAACAGCAACUUAUGAUCCAGAUACUUGUGAGUUUAUCUUACACAGUCCAACACGUACAUCUUAUAAAUGGUGGCCCGGUGGUCUUGGUCACACGGCGAAUUAUGCAGUGGUGGUGGCGCAAUUGCAUACCCAAGGUAUUUGCCGAGGAAUUCACCCGUUUAUUGUUCAAUUGAGAGAUGAAGAAACACAUGAACCACUACCUGGAAUAAAGAUUGGUGAAAUAGGCACAAAGUUGGGAAUGAAUGCUACCAAUAAUGGAUUUUUGGGCUUCGAUAGGGUGAGAAUACCUCGGGAAAACAUGCUGAUGAAAAACGCACAAGUCCUGGAAGAUGGAACGUACGUGAAACCGGCGACAGACAAACUUACCUAUGGGACGAUGAUGUUUGUCCGUGUAUUAUUGGUACGCGAUACUGCGAGAUUUUUGUCGAAAGCUGUUACUAUCGCGAUACGUUACAGCGCUGUGCGUAGACAGAGUCAAAUAAAAGCAGAUGCAGGAGAGUGUCAAAUAAUAGAUUUUGUAACGCAACAAUACAAAUUAUUCCCCCAUUUGGCGUCGUGUUUUUCAUUUAUGCUGUCUGCCGACUGGAUAUGGGAAAUGUACAACAAUGUAUCUGCUGAAUUACAUCAAGGAGAGUUGGAAAGAUUGCCUGAGUUGCAUGCACUGACGUGCUGCUUGAAAGCAGUCGCCUCAUCAGAUGCAGCUAUGGGAGUCGAACAACUGCGUCUAGCUUGCGGUGGUCAUGGAUACAUGGACGCAAGUAAUUUACCCGGGACUUACAGUUUAGUAACGGCGAUCUGUACCUACGAAGGCGAAAACACCGUUAUGUUAUUACAGACCGCGCGGUAUCUGAUAAAAGCUUGCAAGCAGGCGCUUGCUGGGGAUCCGCUGACUCCUACUAAAAAUCCGUACAGCGACGGAAAAUAUUGACAGGAGAAUACGCAAGGGUGAGAGUCCAGAAGAUGCCUGGAAUCAUACGAGUAUUGAACUAGUACAAGCCGCUGAGGCUCAUUGUCGCGCAUUUUUGGUAUUAAGAUUCGCUGAGUGGAUCAAAAGCUUGACGAAUAUUUCCAAGGAGUUACAUAAUGUAUUGAGAGAAUUGUGUGAAAUGUAUGCUGUUUACUGGGUUUUACAACGACUUGGUGAUUUUUUAAGAUUUUCAUGCUUGAAAGCAGAAGAUGUACCGGCUCUCCAAAACCGCCUUGAAGAACUUUUCAAGUCAAUAAGAAUAAACGCCGUUGGUUUAGUCGACGCCUUCGACAUCAGAGAUGAAAUAUUAGACUCAGCUCUCGGCGCUUACGACGGCAACGUCUACGAAAGAUUAUUCACUGAAGCGAUGAAGUCUCCUUUGAAUCAAACCAGCGUCAACGAAUCAUUUCAUUCCGAUCUAAAGCCUUUUUUAAAAAGUAAUUUAUAA